UAUUAUGUUAUGUGAUUUUUUUGCAGUGUAUUUUUUUGUUAUUAUAAUUCAUAACUAACAAUAUAAACAAUACAAAAAAUUAUCCAAACAAAAAAAAAAAUUAUGUAACAACUCAAAUGGAGCUUAAAAAAAAUUAUUAAUUUAAUAUUUUUCUAAUAGAGACACCCCUCUCUAUUUUUUUGUCAACGUCAACAAAUCAACAGACAUUUUGAAAAUUAAAAAACAAAUAAAACAGAUUUAAAUAAUAAAAUAAAUGUAUAAAUAAUAAUGCCAGCUGCAAAAAGAAAUUCUGGUAAAAAUGGAUCUGGAAGAGCACAACAAAAUAACACAUCACAACAAAGUAAUCAUUCAACUAAUUUAAAUGAUGAUAAAAAAAAUAUUGAUACAAUUAAUGGAAGAUUAUUAGCUCCAAAACAUGUACCAGUACCACAAAUUCCAGUUGAUGGUCUGCUUAAAUUUGAAACAAUAUCAUUAAUUGCAUCAAUAAUUGCUGCAUCAACACAAUUUUUAAAUCUUUAUAGAACAGUUUGGUGGCUUCCAAAUUCAUACAAUAACUAUGCUAUGAAUUUUUAUCUUAUUGAUAGAUAUCUUGUUGUAUUUAUUAUAACAAUAAUAACAUGGAGAUUUAUUUAUACAUUAUUUUGUAAAUUUAUUGAAAUUAUAAGUCAUCCAAAAUGGCUAUCAAAUAUUCAAAAAGUUAUCAGAAUAAUCUUGCUUUUGAUAGUCAUUUCAAUAAUUUCAUAUUGUAUUUUUCACAUGAUUCAAGAUCAUGGUGUCAUGAGAAUAAUUUAUUUGUCAUAUCCAUGUUUAUCAGUUUACAUGAUAUUAUAUGGUUCAUCAUUAGCACCAUUUUUGGAUCCAUCAAUAGUACCAGUAUAUAUAAAAGAAGAUAAAAAAACAAAGUACAUACUUGAUAAACCAUUUCACAAUUGUCUACAAAAUCCAAUUGCAAUUAGAAAUGAAGUUACUAAUUUAACUAAUGAUUUUAAUAUUAGAUUAAAAAAUUUAUUAUAUUCAUCAGCUAGAUGUGCUUAUAUUUGUUGUAUAACACCAAUAAUAUUUGCACCAAAACAAUUGUAUUUUAAUAUACCAUGGGUUAUACAGCAUAUAUUAUUAUUUUGGCUUGGUAGACUUUGUGCAUAUUUUACACAAAUAUAUCCAGUAAAAUACUGUGAUGUUUUACAUCGUGCAUCAUUACAUCUUGGUAAAUGGAUAAAAGUUGAUAACAACAAAUCCAAUAAAAACCUUGACGAACAAGUACCAAGUUGGAAUGAAACAUCAAUAUGGCCACAUGGUUCACUAGUCUCAUAUAAAAAUAAUUUAUAUCGUUCAGAGGGUCUUUGUACUACAGCUGUACCUAAUAAUACUAGUCAAAAAAGAUUCCACGCGUUGUUCAACAAUCCAGCAAUUAUCAUGCUCACAUUUUUAAGCAUACAAUUUAUAAUAAUGAUUUAUGAAUUUUUAACAUUGUUUAGACAAAUAUCAUUGUAUCAAACAAUAUCAAUAACAAUGUUAUUUCUCAUUAAUUUAAAUUCACUCUAUAAGCUACUACGUGAUUAUAUAAUUUGUUAUAAAAUUUAUGGAGCUGAAAAAAUUGUACAAGAACGAGCUCAAGCAGCCAUAAAUACAUCUCAAUAAUUUAUCCUUUUCUUUGUCAAUAAUAACUAAGUCAAUUUUUUAUUUUUAUUUUUAUUUUUUUAAUAGAAAAAUAGUACAAAAGAAAAAUAAAAUUUAUUAUAUUAUUUGGAGCAAUUUUUACUUAAACGUUAUAUUAAUUAAUUAAUUGUAAAUAUAUUUUUUAGUAUGUAAAUUAAUUGAUUAAUACAUUUUUUGUUUUUUAAAACUUUCAUAAAACUGUUUAGUAUUUUUUUUUUUUUUUA